AAAUCCUUGAACCAUUCAUAGAAUUUUCAAUUUUCUCUUGUUUCUACAGUCUUGAUACUGAGUUUGUCUUCUUUAAGUCUAAACGUGUUUUAGGCUUGUUUAUUAACCACAUUCUUCCUUGCAUCAGUUCUAGCAAGUUUUGGUGUCUUGCUGCAGUCAGAUGGAUAGAGGAAAGAAACCCAGUACCCUCUUCACGAAAAACAGCAAGAUUUACAUGGACCUGAAAGAUAUAAUAAGGGAGAAUGCGCUUCCUUUCCUUCCAGCUAAAUCGCUUCAUCGGUGCAGAGGAGUUUGUCGAGACUGGAAGUUGACGAUCUCUAGUCCUUUCUUUGCUCACACUCAGUCAAACACUUUCAAUGGUAUCUCAGGCUUUUUCUGUCAAUUGGCAUCAGGCGUGCCAUCAUUUGUAUCUCUUGAUCCGAUGGCUUAUGGUGUGCCAGAUCCAUCAUUAAACUUUCUUCCCGAACCUGUUGAUAUUAGGGCUUCUUCAAAUGGACUACUUUGCUGCCGGGGUCGCACUGGAAACAAGGCCUAUUACAUUUGCAAUCCUGUUACCAAGCAGUGGAAAAAACUUCCACAACCAGAAGCUGAUCAUGGGGCUGACCCUGCUUUAGUGCUUAUCUUUGAACCAUCAUUGCUGAACUUCAUUGCUCAGUAUAAAUUGGUCUGUGCCUUUCCUUCUGAACUUGAUGGAAUUGAGUUUGAGAUCUAUUCAUCUGAAAAGGGAUCAUGGAGAAUUUUUGGUGACAUUUGCUUUGGUGAUGCAAAACUUCUUCCAACAUCAGGUGUUUAUGUGAAGGGCACUAUUUAUUGGCGGGCUAGUCGUGGAAUUAUUUCACUGGAUCUUGCUACGGAGCGUUCUAAAAUCCUCUCCCGUGAACUUGGGACCUUGGGUGUGAUAAGCAAAAGGCUUUGUACAGCCUACUUACAUGCCAGUCAAAAGUUAGAUGUGUCUGUGCUGUCUAAUACUUACUCAAACACGAUGCAAAUGAACAGCCAAGCCAAGACAUGGAUAGCAUUGAAACCUAAUAUUAAUCCAAAUCUUCCGGCAACUCUGGCUCCAAGAGAUGCUUAUUACAGUGGUGCACGCUAUUAUUACUCUGCCCAAAGUUAUGAAGUUUGGGAUGGUGUAGUAUUUGUUCGUGAAAAUCUUGUGUUAAUUAGGAUUGAGAAUACCCUUUAUUCAUAUGACCUGAAGAAGGAGACCACUGCAACUUUGGGCGAAGUUGAAAGCAGAGCAAGGAUUUUUGCUUACGUGAAUAGCCUUGUUGAGCUCUAGAUAGUUUCUCUUAUCUCGCAAUACUGUGUAGUCAAGAAAACAACACCACCUUGUUUUUUGUAUGUGCUUAUUUAGGGCUUUUAUAUUUUCAAGUAAUAACUCAUUGCCAAUUUG